AAGACGCAUUGCCACGUAUAUUCUCGAGAGCACCCAAAAAAGAAAAAUAACUCUUUAUUCUUUUUUUCUUCUUCUAAACAAUGAAUCAGGAACAACAAAGACCCAUGAUGAGUGGUGCUCGGCCUCCCUUGGCAGGUAUGAGACCUCCUUUGGUUCAACCCCAAGGUGGUGCUGGUAUUCGACCCAUGAGUGGACCCAUUCGACCUUUAAUGCAACGACCCAUGAUGGGACAACCAGGUGUUCGUCCACCUAUUCGACCCGCCAUGUCUACACCUGCUCGACCCGUCAUGUCGCCACCCAUGGCUAGACCUGCCGCCGUUUCUCCUGCACAAGCCAAUUUGGUCGCACCAUUACAAAAUAUGCAUAUUCAAGCUUCUCAGCAACCACCACCUGUAGCUACUAAACCAAGACGUGUUUAUGCUGCAAACCCUGAGGUUGCUCCUGUAGGACAAGCUCCUUGGCCUAAUAGUCUUCAACAACCUGGUCAACAACCCUAUGCCGGACAGCCUCAACAACAACAACAACAACAACAACAACAACAGCAACAGCAACAGCAACCGAUGCAGCCUUAUCCUGGUCAACCUCAGCAGUUCCAAUCACAGACACAGUUCCAACCUGCUCAAGCGCCCUUCCAAGCACCCGCAGGACAGUCAUUCCAGACACCACCUGUUCAACAACAACAACAGCAGCAAUCAUUUCAACCUACUUCUCAGUACAGUUCGAACUCGAGUACACCGCGUCAUCAUCAUGCGGGUAUAGGUUAUACCAACGCACCUUAUUCCAAUACGAGUCAACAAUUACCACCUGAGCUUCGACCUCCUGUGCAACCCCGACCUAGAAUUGAUCCGGAUCAAAUGCCAGCACCAGUGCAAGUACGAGAGAACGAUCAAGAAUUAUUCGCGGACAAGUUUUUUGGAACGAUGGAGAGAGAACAUGUUCCUUUAGCCACGACGGAUUAUAUUGGAUUAGACCAAGGUAAUUGUAAUCCCCGAUUUAUGCGAUCUACCGUGGAUCGUAUGCCCUUCAAUAAGGAAUUGGCGGACAGAUCCAAAUUGACCUUGGGAUUGAUUGUGCAACCUUUGGCCAGAACACGAGCUGAUGAAGUGGGUAUUCAAGUGGUGAAUCAUGGUGAAGAAGGGCCGAUUCGUUGUACAAGAUGUCGAGCCUAUAUCAACCCUUGGUGUAUUUUCACGCAUGGCGGAUCCAAAUUUGAAUGUAAUGUAUGUGCUCAUUCUAACGACGUACCUGAAUGGUAUUUCUCAAAUAUCGAUAUGUCCGGUCGACGUGUGGAUGUCAAUGAACGACCUGAAUUACGUUACGGAUCAGUGGAAUUUGAAGUACCCAAGGAUUAUUAUUCCGCACGCACACCUGCUCCCUUGAGCUAUGUGUUUGCUUUGGAUGUAUCGAUCCAGGCUGUCCAAAGUGGUAUGUUACAAGCCGUGUGUGAGGCUUUAAAAUCUGCUUUGUAUGAUGCCAAUGGUGACUCCAAGUUUGGAAAUCGUAUUGGUAUCAUCACUUUUGAUAAGGGUGUUCACUUUUAUAAUUUAACCCCUACUUUGUCAAGUGCACAAAUGCUUGUUGUGUCUGAUAUUGAUGAUAUGUUUGUACCUCUUCAAGAUGGUUUCUUGGCGGAUCCCAAUGAAUCAAAAAACAUUAUAAUUGAGCUUUUAGAAACAUUGCCUCAAAUGUUUAGAGAAACAGCGAGAGCUGAAUCUGUAUAUACAUCUGCUGUUCGAGGUGGAUUGCAGGCCUUAAAGGGAACAGGAGGACACGUCUUUGUUUUCCAAACCUGUCUUCCCAAUUACGGACCCGACAUGUUGAAAUCGCGCGAUGAUAAAUCCUUGUACGGUACCGAUAAAGAGAAAAAUUUGUUGGCGGCUCAGAAUGAUAAAUACAAGGAAUUGGGAGAGACCUGUGUGAAACAUGGUGUAUGUGUGAAUACAUGGGCUUUCCCAUCGCAAUACAUGGAUAUUGCCACUGUCAAUGUGGUGUCUCAUUUGACCGGUGGUGAUUUGCGUUAUUUCCCCGGAUUUAAGUUAGGGGACAAGUAUCGUAUUCUGUAUCAGUUAAAUCAUGAUUUACACCGAGAGACUGGAUUUGAUGGUAUUUUCCGUAUUCGAUGUUCGGACGGGUUACAAGUUUUAGACCACUAUGGUAAUUGUCAUAUGAGUACCUACACUGAUGUAGAUACAGCUGGUAUGGAUGAAGACAAGGCCCUUGCAGCCGUGUUGAAGCAUGAUGGAAAAUUAGAUCCUAAUCGUGGCGUGUCUUUCCAAUGUGCCUUAUUAUAUACCAACAGGGAAGGUCAACGUCGUGUGCGUGUGCAUAAUCUUCAAUUAUCGGUUACCACCCAGAUUGCUGAUGUGUUCCGAUGUGGCGAUGUGGAUACGACCAUUAGUAUCAUGUUAAGGAAAGCAAUUUUUGAUUUACAUCACAAGAACCGAAAGGAUCUCCAUAAGACAUUGACAGAUGCAUGCGUGGAUGUCUUGACAGCUUAUCGUGUGAACUGUGCUUCUUCUACUUCACCUGGUCAAUUGAUUUUGCCAGAGGCGUUCAAAUUGUUACCAGUGUAUGUGCAUGGUGCUAUUCGAUCUACUAUUUUACGAGGAGUGGGAGCUGAUAUGAAUAUUGAUACAAGGGCAGCAGGCAUGAGUUUGUUUAAUACGCUUGGUGUUGCUGAAUUGGUUUGGUCGUUAUAUCCUCGUAUGUUUGGUUUACAUGAUUUAAGUGAAGAGGCAGGUGAACCUGAUUUGAAGGGCCAAGUGAAAUUACCACCCAUGAUUCGUACUUCGUAUGAUCGUUUGGACACCAAAGGAGCUUAUCUUGUAGACACAGGUUCUGAUUUAUUCUUUUGGUUGGGAGCCAAAAUUUCUCCCGCUUUCCUCAAGGAUGUAUUUUCUGUUGAUACAUUGGAUGCUGUGGAUCCCAACAUGAUUACAUUGCCUACACUAGAUACCAAGAUUUCUCAAAAAAUUCAUCAUAUGAUGAGACAAUUACAGUCUCAAAGAUCUCGAUAUCUUGCACUUCAUAUUGUGCGUCAAGAAAAGGAUGCAAUUGAAUUCUUAUUCUCUACCUUCAUGUCAGAAGAUCGCAACGCAGAGGUCCAAACCUAUGUCGAUUACAUGUGCGUUUUACAUCGUAAAAUUCAAGAGGAAAUGAAGAAAUCUUCGAGUUAAUAAUAUAAAAUACAAAUAAAAACAUAAUUCAUAUAUAAAUUUAUUUAUUAUUAU